UGUGGCACAGCCCCGCUCGGUGGGCGAUGCUGAGUUGGCUGCUGGCGGCGCUGGUGCAGGGUAAGUGCUCCUGCGGUGCUGGGAGAUGAGAGAUAACUUCAGAAGACUUUCAAUGAAUGAUUCGGGGGCGAUAAGACCUGGGGAGCUCCCAGAGAGAGAGAUGGAGAUAUUCACCCAAAACCACAGAGAUGGAGUAAAGAUGGUGAAUCCCCAAUGGGGCGAGUGGCACCGGCCAGUGCCCCAUCACCGGGGAGGGGGAGCACGGGGGGCUUGGGGUAAAAAUCGCUGCUUUUGCUGCUUUAAUUCCCAAUUUGAGCACCACGGGCAAAGCCACGCCGCUGCUCCCCUCCGUGCACGGAUGGAGUUGGGAUGCAGGAGCCUCCAGGCACUGCCCUGCCCCGCAGGCACCCUGGCAGCCCGCGACGUCUCCUGCUGGAAGAAAUGCAACACCUCCAAGCCCUUCCACUGCUCCUGGCCGCCCCUCGGCCCCGCCGGCAGCGCCUCCUACAUCCUGAACCUCUGCUUUGAGAAGCACGGCCAGUGCAGGCGGUUUGAGGCGGGCACGGCCACCAGCUACAUCCUCUCGAGGAACCAAGUGUACAUCUUUGAUAACACCACGGCCUGGGUGGAGGCACGAUGGGGGAACCAGGUCCGCAGGACCCCCAACCGCACCCUGCACCUCAACGAGGCAGUCAAACUGGACCCACCCACCGGGAUGUCCUUCUCCAAGAGCGGCGGCCAGCUGAGGGUGAGGGUGCCACAGCCACAGUGUGACAGCCUGAAGCAGCCACCACAGCACGAGGCUCGCUUCUGCAGGGUGGGAGACAGCAGCUGGACACAGGUGGCAUGUGAGACAGUGAGGGUGACAACUACAGAAAACUCAGUGACCUGUGCCCUGGGGGUCAAUGGCACCUUCGUGGUCCAGCUGCGGCACAAGCCUCCCCACUGGAGCAGCUCCUGGAGCGACUGGAGCAGCAACAUCUCUGAGGCAAUCCUGAGGAGGCCGGAGCUGAGCCAUCAGCUGGGCAAGCUGGGCACAGACGGGCAGCGGGCGCUGAGGCUGAGCUGGCAGCCAGUCCUCGUGGAGCACAAGGACGUCACCUACAAGCUGGACAUCACCAUGGUGGCGUGUGGCUGUGCGGAGCCCAUGGAGGAAGUGAAGCUGGGCGGGGAGGUGACCGAGCACAACCUCACCCUCUCCGGGGCCGAGUACCGGAUCCUGCUGACCGCCACCAGCGCCGCGGGGCACGGGCCAGCCCGGCAGCUCCGUGUGCCCGCAGGGCAGAGCGCAGAUCUCAGCUUCAAGGAGAUCAGUGUGGCCGGCAGCGCCGUGACCGCGCACUGGGAAGCGCCGGUGCCUGGUGAGGCUUUCUGCUUCGAGCAGCAGACCCUGCCAGAGCCCCCGGGACAGGGAGUCUGCAUCCCGCAGGAAUUCCCUGCCAACAGCACCCACGUGCAGGAAGGAGCGCUGGGAGAGCAGGGAUGUCACCGCCUGGCUGUGCACGGCUGGGACUCGGAGCGGGGCUGGGCCACCUUCGCUUUGUGGCACCACUACAGCGGCAACGAUUCGCUGGAUGUGCCCUUCAACAUCAGCACGGGGGACAGCGAGGCUGUGCUCCACUGGGAGCCGUCCCCACGGGCCGCCUGCCCCGGCGCCCUGGCCAAGUAUCUCAUCUGCCAUGUGGCUGAAGGGGACAAUGUGACCUACAGUGAAGUGGAGGCCACGGCGUCGAACUACACCCUCCAAAACCUCCAGCCUGGCACAGGCUACAGGGUGGGGGUUUGGGAGGUGACAGAGGACAGCGAGAGCGCCUGCAGGGCCUGGUGGCCCUUCCAGACCAGGGUGCUGGGUCCCCAGGGAGCACCGUGGAGAGGCAACCUGAGCUACCUGGGCAUCUGGCUCGGUGUCCCCGCUGCAGCUGCCAUCUACCACCUGAGCAAAAGGAGGGCUCGCCGCCUCCUCUUCCCACCCCUUCCCAAGCCCGUGGGCACCAAAGCCACGCAGUUCUCGGCCGAACAGGGCCAGCCCCGGACCGGCCUCCUGGAGCCCUCGGAGAGGUUCAGCCCAGCCGAGCUGCUGCUGAUGGAGCAGAAUCCCAGCGAGGAGAGGACUGACACGGGCAGCCAGAGCGCGGUGCCACCCCCUGACGUGUCACAGCCCGGCCCCGCGGUGGAAAAGCCGGUGACGGUGGUGAUGUCCCCUCUGGGAUGUGGGGAGGAGCUGCCCUUCGCUUACCGCAGGCAGGAGUUGCUGAGCCCGGUGGGAUCUGCCCCCUCCAGCAGCAACGGCAGCACCGGGCACCCACCUGGAGAGGAGGAGGAGGAGGAAGAAGAGGGAAGGCAGGAGCUGCAUCAGCCACUGGUCCCCAUUGCCCUGCUCAUCUCCGACAAGCCCAUCAUCAUCAGGUGUUGAAGACUGCAUGGCAAGAUGUUUUCCAUUACCAUCUGUAUGCAGAUUAUCUUUGUCAAGUGGGCAGUUUGCCUUUGAGUGACCACAAUCACACCUCUCCCUCGAGGGGACAUCUGCUGAUAACAGCUAUUGAAUGUCACUGCAUGGCUGAUAAGAACUACAGCAUCCCAUUGGGAGAUGUGAGCCCAGUGGGAGGAGCCAAGCAUUCCUGCCUGGAUAUAAUCUGGAGAUUCUGGAACACCAGCACGGCUUCUCCACUGGAUUCCCCAGAGGAACAGCAGCUGCCUCUUCUUCCACUGGAGCUUCAGAGGCAGAGACUGCACCUUUCUACAGGAUCCUUGCUCCAGCAGAGCCACCCCUGACACUGCAGGAGGGCUGAGCCACAAUUCCAAUGGGACUGCUGCCAACAGCCUGACCCACAGGGUGUCAGGUUGAGUUCUGACUCUGUCAGUGUUGUUCUAGUGUACUGCAUUGUUUAUUUUAUCCUUUUUUUUUUUUUCCUUUCCCUAUUAAAGAACUGUUAUUUCCUGCUCCCAUAUUU